ACAUGCGUUUCUCUCCGAAAAAUUUGACAAAUAGUCUGUCUAUCUGUCGACUUUUUCGAAAUACACAGCGUAAUGUGAUUUUCCAAGAAUCAAUACAGUGGGAAACGGCUAUGCGGGUUAGCUGAAGCGUAACGGUUCGAUACAUUGUAUUUUAAAAUCAGGUUUUCACAGCUGUUCAUUGAUCAACAUCGCGUCUAAACAUGACAUCAAGAUUGGAUAGAUUGUUCAUAUUGCUGGAAACAGGAACAAACGCAGUGACUAAAAGAGCCGCCGCGCAACAAUUGGGAGAGGCACAGAGGUUACAUCCGCACGAUUUACAUCAUUUAUUAGCAAGAGUAUCGACUCUCUUGAAGUCCCCGCAAUGGGACACAAGAGUUUCAGCCGCGCAAGCGGUGCAGGCUAUACUCGCUCAAGUUCCCGCUUGGGAUCCGCAACCUAUCAAAAAGGAGACUUGUACAGAGGAGGACGGGGAAACAAGAAAACAUGUACCAAAUAAUAGAUUAAAUUUGGACGACUUCGACAUGGAAAAAGUGUUGGCGCGUAGCUCGCAUCUCACCGGAUCGGAAGGCAGCGAGUACGAUUUGAUCGCCGCGGACGGGGAGCAAAUGCCACUUCCGAAUCAGGAGGAAAAAAUUAUUGCUGCUAAAUUGGGCCUUCAUCCGCGAUUAAUGGGCGUCGACACGUCAGAGUUAUUCAGCGCCGAAGAUCUCACGCCGGUUGUAUUAUCGUCCACCACGAAUACGCAAACCAAAAUGUCCGUGGGCGAAACAUUGAAGCAACCCGGUGGGCUCAGUAGACGCGAAAUGAACAGAGCUAGACGCAAGGCACGGCAAUCGGUUUCAAAACAACGUUCGCGGGACCCGGACGAUCAUCGUAGCAACGAAGAAUAUCACAACAAUUCGAACGUUCAAUCUCCCGUUAAUAGCACCGGCGAGUCGUUGAGUAAAAAGAUAAAGUUGGAAGAAGUGAUCUCAUCGGAGAUGAACCUUAAUUGCAAUGCACAGACUGAGUCGACAAACGCGGUACCAGAUAGCACCGGUUGCUGGCCAGAUUCCGUGAUAGACUGGCCUCUCGAGUCGUUCGCUGAGAAUCUCUGUCAGGAUUUAUUUAGUCAGAAAUGGGAAGUGAGGCACGGAGCCGCGACUGCUUUACGGGAACUGAUCAAACUCCACGGAAAAGGCGCGGGUAAACCGAGGGAUCUGAGUGCAGACGAGAUGGAAGAGAGUCACUAUCAAUGGAUAAUCGACGCUGCGUUACGAUUACUGUGUGUUUUGGGGUUAGAUCGAUUCGGUGACUUCGUUUCCGACCAAGUCGUCGCGCCCGUGCGAGAGACGUGUGCGCAAGCGCUGGGUUCCCUCUUGCUGCUAGUGCCAAAUCAAAAAGAUAACGAUAAGAAAAAUAAGGGUAUCGUGGGAAUACUUUCGGUCAUGCUGAAACUUUUAGAACACGACGAGUGGGAGGCAAGGCACGGCGCGUUGCUUGCGUUAAAAUAUUUACUCGCUGUACGCGAUGAUUUACUGGAUGACAUAUUACCGAGAGUCUUUCCAGCCACCAUGAAAGGUCUUUCCGAUCCCGUCGACGAUGUUGGCGCUGCUGCAGCUAGCGCGCUAAUACCAGUUGCAUCUGCCCUACCGCGAUUAUUAGAACCAUCGGAAUUAGAGGCUGUUGUAAUCCGUCUUUGGGAACUUCUACGCGAACAGGACGAUCUGGCAGCGGCGUGCAAUAGUUUCAUGGGACUGUUAGCUGCUAUACUGUCGCUACCUACAGCACGUGCGUGUCUUACACCUCAGCCAUUGUCACAGGUUUUGCCACGGUUAUGGCCAUUUCUUAGUCAUUCUAGUUCGAGCGUGCGCAAAGCCACGUUGCAAACGUUACAGACGCUAACCGGGGACGACGGUGCUCAUACCGAGGAUAGAAAGGAACGAUGGGGCGAGGGGGGUGGAUUUGUAUUACAGGAGGCUCUUCGUCAUGUUUUUCAACGUGUACUUAUCGAACACGUAACUGCCAUACAAGAUAUAGCCGAACGUGUUUGGGAGAAUCUAGUCGUACAGAGCGAUCUCGAGCUGCUAUUGCACGCGGCGUGUCCCCUCGUCAGCACGUGGCUAUGCCUUGCUAUGCAACCGGAACACGUGCCAUUCAAUCCAAACCUGUUGAUGACCAUAAGCUCGCCGAACAAAGGGACGAAGAGCAGUCAGUUUAUCGGUACUUGCGACGGACAGUCGGAGACUAGUAACAACGGCGGAAACAAUGCUCUAAGCGGAAACGCAAAGUCGAUAUCCGAGUUGAAAGUGUACAUCGGCGGGAUCGAGACCGUUGCUCAGAAUAUAAGGAAGUCGAACGUGGUGCAAGCUCGUUGCAGAGCCGCGCGAAUGCUAGGAUUGCUCUCGCAUUACGUGGUACAACCAGCACCGGGUGUUGUAUACACACCAGACAUACCUAGUCCUGCACUCUGUUACGCUAAAGUAUUACUGGCGCAUCUUAACUCACGCUCGGCGUUGCAACGCACCGUCGCAGGUUUGACGAUGUCCCAUUGGGCGACCGUGAACGACAUGAAAUGCCCCACGAUACCGGACAUUCUCAGGGACAAACUCUUGGGGUGUUUAAACGAAUGUGUGUUCUAUGACGAGAUCGCAGCGUCUUUCACACGGCUAAUACACGACAGCCGUGAUUACAUUGCCACACUCAAACACUAUAAAUUACCUGUUCCUAUCGAAACAGAUGCAUCGGGAGUAAUGACGCUCGAUCAAAUAGCGAGCCUUGCCGGGAAACCGAUUUCAGAGCUUUGUGCCAUGGGCAAUGCGACAGGCUCCGGGGGACCGGGCGGAAACAUUGGCGGCAGCCUGAACACGAUUAAGCUAAAGCCAAAGUUGAUCGAGAGCCUGGAAGAAAGGCGAAAAGCGUUGGAGAUCGGCGCUGCUGACACGGCAGCGCAACAGCUCUCCUACAACGUUAUGUCAAUGGCGGCCCUCGCUGGAGCCGCCACCAUGUUGCAUUGCCUUCCACCGUCCCCGAAACCUCUCAAUCCGUUAGUGAAACCGCUAAUGGAGGCUAUAAAACGCGAGGAAAACGAGGAGCUACAGAAAUUAGCUGCUAAACAUUUGUCGUACCUAGUUGAACUUUGUCUAGAUAGAAUACCCUCCCCCAAUGCAAAGAUAUCGACCAACUUAUGUACAUUCCUGUGCUCGGACAUUGAAUUCACGCCCCGCGUAAACGCUGAAACGGAUACGGAUCUUUUCGACGGGAUUCUCACUUUAAGCAAUAGACAGAAACACGCUGAGAGAGUGGCUUAUAAUCGGGGCGCGAACAGUGGUCUGGGGGGAGGAAGGGGCCCAGGCAGACCACCCACCACUGAAAUUCCUUUGGAGGAAUUACUCGCGUGCGAGGAACCGGAAGCUAAAGCCGCCAGAACCCGUCGCCGUGGAGCUACUUUGGCCCUCACAGCCAUAGCUACUCAUUUUGGUGAUCAGUUGCCUACUCGUUUGCCACAUCUUUGGGAACUGAUACUACCAAACCUGUUGCGAGAGGAUGAAAAUAUCACCGGUCGUGAAAAUACUCAAGAGGAAGUGAAUCAAUUGAUCUUUGGCUUGCAAGUUCUGGAAGUUCUGGCCCCGAGCCUCGACAAAGCUUUACUGCCCCCCGUUUUGGAAUGCCUUUCCUGUUUGUGUAAAUUAUUGGCUCAUCCGUACAAGGCUGUCAGACACAUGGCGUCGCGAUGCAUCUCCGUGUUAGCUACAUUAGACAUAGAAAAAGUAAUAGUACACAUCACACGCAGCGUAAUACCGCUUCUAGAGGCUACCGGUGGAGAAAAAUUGUACUCGAUGACGGUGACAGCGCCGAGCGAGGUGGACUCGAUUAGGCAAGGCGCCGCCGAGGCGUUGACGUGCCUUGUCGAGAGUUUAGGCGUAAACAUAGUUCCAUAUGCUGUGCUCUUUAUGGUUCCUUUAUUAGGCCGCAUGAGUGACCAAAAUCAAUGCGUGAGAUUAGCCUGUAGCGCAACGUUCGCGACACUAGUGCAACUUCUACCACUCGACCCUGGCGCCAUUACCGAUCCACCGGAUUUAGUCGAGAAGAAAGCUCAAGAGCGACGAUUCUUGGAACAACUUUUGAAUCCACGGAGUAUCCCAGACACCGAAAUGCCAAUUCCCGUGGCCGCGGAGUUGCGUUCUUAUCAACGCCAAGGAUUGAACUGGCUGAACUUUUUGAAUCGUUAUCGACUGCACGGAGUUCUAUGCGACGAUAUGGGUCUGGGUAAAACGCUACAAACGCUUUGCAUACUAGCUUUGGACCAUCAUCGUAAUGCUCACGCGCCACCGAGUCUGGUGGUGUGUCCACCGACCCUGACCGGCCAUUGGGUCUACGAGGCGGAGAAAUUCUUCGAGGCUAAACACCUUUCCGUUUUGCAAUACGCUGGCACGCCACCCGAACGUGAGAAACUACGACCAAAAGUUACCUACCAUAGACUGGUAGUUGCUAGCUACGACAUAGUGCGCAAGGAUAUCGACUACUUCGAAACACGUCAGUGGAACUACUGCGUGCUAGACGAAGGCCACGUUAUAAAGAACGGAAAGACGAAAAGCGCCAAGGCGACGAAACGAUUGCACGCGAAUCACAGGCUCAUACUGUCGGGCACACCGGUGCAGAAUGACGUGCUCGAGCUAUGGUCGUUGUUCGACUUUCUAAUGCCAGGUUUUCUGGGCACCGAGAAACAAUUUGCAGCGAAGUACUCGCGCCCUAUUCUAGCCUGCAGGGAACCGAAAGCUGGGCCCAAGGAACAAGAAGCAGGUGCUCUAGCUAUGGAAGCGCUACAUAGACAGGUUCUGCCAUUUUUACUUAGACGCAAUAAGGAGGAUGUCCUUCAAGACUUGCCACCGAAAAUCACACAAGACUAUUAUUGCGAUCUGUCCACGCUGCAACGUACAUUGUAUGAAGAUUUCCGUACCCGACAUUCAGCCAGUAUGUUGUCCAGUGCAUCGUGCACAGCGGCUGUGAACGAUCCUCAAGGGGGCCACGUGUUCGAAGCAUUGCGAUAUCUGCGUAACGUUUGCAAUCAUCCGAAAUUGGUACUCAAUCCGCGACAUCCGUUCUAUCAAACGGUGUGCGACUCGUUGAAACAGCAAAAGACUACUUUGGCCGAUAUAGAGCACGGAGCCAAGCUGCCCGCGUUGAAGCAGUUGUUGCUGGACUGCGGUAUCGGGCAACCGCAGCAACAACAGAACCGUAAUUUCAUAACUGCCGGUGGCGCGCCGGAUAACCAACCGCCGCAGCAGCAGCAAUUAGUGAGCCAACAUCGAGCGUUAAUCUUUUGUCAAUUAAAAGCAAUGCUGGAUAUUGUAGAAAAGGAUCUGUUACGCACCCAUCUACCGACAGUCACGUAUCUGCGUCUCGACGGUAGUAUACCAGCCACGCAAAGGCAUUCCGUGGUCGCGCGUUUCAACGCAGACCCGUCGAUAGACGUGCUCUUAUUGACGACGCAAGUCGGCGGACUCGGACUGAAUCUGACCGGCGCUGACACCGUGAUAUUCGUGGAACACGAUUGGAACCCUAUGAAAGACCUACAAGCGAUGGACAGGGCGCAUCGUAUCGGACAGAAGAAGGUGGUGAACGUGUACAGGCUUAUCACGAGAUCGACGGUGGAGGAGAAAAUAAUGGGGCUGCAAAAGUUCAAGCUUCUCACGGCGAACACCGUGAUCUCGACAGAGAACGCUUCUCUGGAAACAAUGGCUACCGAUCAGUUGUUGGACUUGUUUUCAUUGGACAACGUCAGGGGAAAGAAACCGGAUGGCCAAGAAGCCGGUACAAAAAAUGCUAGCCUACCGGGCGUCAGUCGUUCCGUCUUAGAAAUCCUCCCUGAAUUAUGGGAGCAACAACAGUACGACGACGAAUACGAUUUCGAUUCAUUUUUAUCCAAACUGAAGGCUGAUAACCAGUGAGCGUUCAAUCACGUGCACCGCGCAUACUAAUUUAGCGAAAACUGAUGUAUAUUUAA